AUGGUUGUCCGUAGGGGAAAUAAUAAAUCCAGUGUGACAAUGGUGUAUGGUGUUUACUUGAAACAUGAUAGAAAAAUCAUGAUUUCAUCCCAAAUCAAGUUAAAAAUAGAAUCAGGCCAUACAUCCCAGCCCCGGCCAAACACGAUUAACUGUACCAAGCUAUCCCGUCGUGAGACCUGGAACAUGAUACAACCCACUGGAUAUUUCAACGGAACAGUGUGGGAACAUACAAAAUGCCACAAUCCUGUGAACAAGAAGAACUUUUUUAAUUGUUUUAAGAACACAACUAUGAUAGCGUUUGGGGAUUCGACCGUUCGUCAAUACUACACUUAUAUACACAAUGUCUUUAAAUGUAAACAGAAUCGGAAGUGGUAUAAGUCAACCCAUUGUCAGGUUCCUCGAUAUAAUUUUAGUCUCACAUGGGCAGUUCAAGAAUUUCCCUUUGUGGAGGGUUUGGUAGCACCAGAUGGAAAAACGAACUCAAAACCGGCAUCGGUUCUGUUGAACGAGGCACCGAGUACUGGACGUAUGGUUUUCAUCAUUCAUUACUACGCUCAUUUUAUGAGAAUGCAUUAUUCAUCUUUUAUUGAGAGGAUUCGAUCUCUAAAAACACCAAUCCGAAACGCCUUAAAGAGAAAUAAGAACAUACAUAUAGCAAUCAAAUCACCGCACGUAUUUUAUGUAACUAGUUGUUCAACACAUUUCAGUAUAUAUCACGGCAAGCUUUACAUGGAUAUAUUGAAAAGAGAACUGGCCGAAUUUCAUGAUAAAGUAUGGUUUUUAAAUAUCUGGGACAUGAGUACAGCGUUCGAAAAUAACAACAUUCAUCCGCCCGAUGAUUUUGUGUGGCAAAAUUUGCGGUUGUUGGCAGGUUAUGUGUGUAACAAAUAA